UUUUUUUAUUUCAACAUGAAAAGUUUUAAUUCAUAUUGGACAGUCAUAAAAAUUUUUUUUCAUGGAAUAUUUAUUCUAUGUAAUAUCGUGGGAACUUUAUCAGGGUCACAAGAUUCAAAUUCAAAUCGUCUUCCUGAUGACGUCAUACCACUUCACUACACAAUAAAUCUAAUUCCACAUAUUGAAGAAAAUAAUUUCACUUACGAUGGAGAAUCUCAUAUAGAGAUUGAAGUAAAAACUGAAAGUAAUUUAUUAAUUUUACAUGCGUAUGAUCUUCAGAUAAAUGGAAAAAUAACUUUGGAAAAUGAAAGUAAAACAUUCGAAUCUAUCCAUGAAAUUGAUGACAAAAAUGAUUUUCUAAAAAUUACUUUUAAAGAAAAAUUAUCAAGAGGUCAUUAUAUUUUACAUUUAAAAUAUCACGGUAUAAUUACUGAUCAACCGCAAGGUUUUUAUCGUAGUUAUUACAUAGAUAACUUUGGUAAAAAACAAUGGUUGUUAUCGACGUAUUUUGAAGCUAUGCAUGCCCGUCGUGCUUUUCCAUGUUGGGAUGAGCCAGCAUUUAAAGCGACUUUUAAAAUUUCUAUAAAGCAUAAUCGAAGAUAUACUGCAUUAUCUAACACUCAGUUUAACUCAAUAAUUAGCGCAAAUGAUAGCAGUAAUCAAGUAUGGACAAAUUUUGAAAAAACCCCAGCAAUGUCAACAUAUUUAGUUGCCUUCAUCAUCGGUGACUUAGAUUAUUUAGCUCACAACGAUGAUGAAUCAUUCAGAGUAUGGACUAGGAAAAAUUCUCCUGAUCGUGGAAAUCAUUUAUUAACAAGUGGAUUAAAAGCAUUCAGAUCAUUGGAGGAUUUUAUUGGUAUCCCUUAUGAAGAUCAUGGGUUAAAAAAAAUAGAUUUGGUUCUAAUACCUCAGCAAACUUCAAUAGGAAUGGAAAACUGGGGGAUAAUUUUUUUAAAGGAAAAUGAGUUUAUUUACAGUAAUGACAAUGUAUUUGAAGGAACGAAAAGAAAUGAUUUUAUGGAUUUAACUCAUGAAUUAACUCAUCAAUGGUUUGGAAAUUUCGUCACUCAUAAAUGGUGGGAUUGUUUGUGGUUAACAGAAGGAUUUGCUUCUUAUUUAUCAUAUUUAAUUAAUGAUCGAAUUGAAAAGUCAUGGCGCGUGAUGGAUAAAUUUGUAUUAGACCGGCGUGAAGAUUUAUUUACUUCCGAUUUUGAUUACUCGCUUUCUGUUAUUAAUGCAGAUAAAAUUUUCACAGACCUGUGGAGUAAUCGACAGUUUAAGAUUAAUUAUUAUAAAAGCGGAGUUAUUAUAAGGAUGAUUAAUUAUGUACUCGGUGAAGAAAAUUUCAGGACUGGACUGCGAAAUUAUCUGAGAAAUAACAAAUUUGGUUCAGUUACUUCACGUAAUUUAUUUGAGGAAUUCGGAAAAGUAUCUGGUGAUAUGAAUGUUACUUUCGUGAAGGCUUUGAACAAUUGGGCAAACGCACCAGGAUAUCCGAUGGUUACGAUCAAUAGAAAUUACACAUCUAAUCGAGCGACGAUUACGCAAUCGCAUUUUUCGAAUGAUAGAUUUUUGAAUUCAUCUACUAAAUUUUGGAUCGCUUUGAAUAUUGCGACUGAAGACAAUCCGGACUUUAGCGACACCUCAAUAACACAUUGGUUUGAUCCAGAUUCGGUUUCGUUAGAAAUUUCAGCACCCGAACAAGACAAAUGGCUCAUAAGCAAUAAGCAACAAUUCGGAUACUAUCGUGUUAAUUAUGAUGAGAGAAAUUGGAAGCUGAUAAUAAAUUUUUUGAAAUCGAAAAAUUAUCAUAAAAUUCAUUAUUUAAAUCGUGCUCAGCUGAUUGAUGACGCAUUUGUAUUAGCAGAAUUAAGACAUGUAUCUUAUAGCAUUGGUUUUGAAUUAAUGGAGUAUCUAAGACAAGAAACAGAUUACUUGCCAUGGGCUACAUUUCUUGGGAAGAUACGUCUAUUACAUGGUAAAACAUCGCUAUCAAAUUCUCCGUACUAUGAAACUUUCAAGAGAAUAGUUUUAACAUUAUUUGAAAAUCUAGAAAAAGAUGUAUUUUUUGAUCGCUUAAUUGAUGACGAUUUUAUAAAGAUGCCUCAGAAAAAAUCAAUCAUAAAAUGGACUUGUACAUAUGGUUCAAGUUUAUGUAAAAAUUACACACUUUCCAUGAUUACAAAGUGGCUUGAAGAUCCUGAAAAAAAUGCGCUCGACUUCAAUUUAAAGUCUGAAAUACUUUGCGGUGGGAUUCGUUACGCUGACAAAAGUCUUUGGAAUGAACUUCUAACAAAGUGUUUGAAUGAUAAAGAUAAAGAUAUUUUGAAUGCACUCAGUUGUACGUUGGAUGAUGAACUUUUGCACAAAUUAUUGUCCAUGGCUAUGAAUAAUUCACUGUAUGAAAUUGAUACAUGGAAUUUGUUUUUGGCCAUUACAAUGGAAAAUAAAGGUCUAGAAGCAACUUUAAACUUUGUCAAUAAUUCUCAAAUUCAAACUGCGAGGAGUGACGAUCGUUACAAUUUUCUACAUGACGGUAUCAUAUUUAUGAGAUAUAACGUUAGGAAUAAUGAUCAUUUUUCUAAGUGGCGGGAAGUAUUGAUAAACGUCAUCGGAGAAGAAAAAGCUAAGAAAUACUUGAAAAUAAUUGGCCGAGAUGUAGACAAUUAUAAUAUAGAUUUAGAAUCAAUGAAAAAUUAUUUUGAGAAGAAAGGAUUUAAGAAUAGUCCAGCUUGAUUUAAUGUCAUAAAAUAUCUAUAGUAAGUAAUUAUACAAUUAUACUAUUCCUAUUGUUUUUUCAAAAUACUAAGUAAGGUAAGAGACCCAAUACCUGAUCAGGGAACUAGUACCCGAUCACUCCGUGUAAUUGUAUAUCUAUAUUUUCUGAAUUUUACAAAAUAUAGAUAUACAAAUACAUGGUGUGAUCGGGUACUAGCUUUCAAAUCAGCUACUAGGUCUGUUACCUUAUAGAUAUUCAAAUAAAUAAGAGAUCGAGUACUAGUUCUGUGAUCAGGUACCAGGUCUCUUACUUUAGAUUUAACAAAAAAGUACUUAGAAGUUAAAAAUCUUAGUGCCCCAUCAGGGAACUAUUAUCUAUGAUCAGGGAGUUAGUACUCGAUCACUCCCUGUAUUUGUAUGUCUAUAUUUACUAAAUAUAUCUAUACAAAUACAUGCAGUGACUGGGUACUAGUUCCCUUAUUGGGUACUGAGUCUCUUACCGUAGAUUUAAAAAAAAAAUUACUCAAAAGUUAAAAGACCCAUAACCCGGUCAGGUAUGCGUAUGUCUAUAUUUACUAAAUUUUAUUAAAUAUAGGUAUACAUGAAGUGAUCGGGUACUAAUUUCCUGAUCGGGUUUCAGGUCUUUUACCUUCUACAC